UCACGCUGUUAAGAGAAAAAAUGAUGUGAUUGCUUAUGCAUUUGAACUCACGAUUACUUUUUAUUUUGUAGCUGAAUGGCAUUAAAAUGGUGGAUGAACCUAUGGAGGAGGGAGAACCAUAUUCCUGUAAUGAUGAAGGAAGUGUCAAAGAGAUACCUAUUACCCAUCAUGUAAAAGAAGGAUGUGAAAAAGCAGAUCCUGCACAAUUUGAAUUGCUUAAAGUCCUUGGUCAAGGAUCAUUUGGAAAGGUUUUCCUUGUAAGAAAAAUAAUUGGUCCUGAUGCUGGACAUCUGUAUGCAAUGAAAGUUCUGAAGAAGGCUUCAUUGAAAGUUCGAGAUAGAGUUCGCACAAAGAUGGAGAGAGAUAUAUUAGUAGAAGUAAAUCAUCCAUUUAUUGUCAAACUGCACUAUGCCUUUCAGACCGAAGGGAAGCUAUAUUUAAUACUGGAUUUUCUCAGGGGAGGAGAUGUGUUCACAAGAUUAUCCAAAGAGGUUAUGUUUACAGAGGAAGAUGUGAAAUUCUACCUCGCAGAACUGGCUCUAGCUUUGGAUCAUCUGCACAGCUUGGGAAUUGUAUACAGGGACUUGAAGCCAGAAAACAUUUUGCUUGAUGAAGCAGGACAUAUCAAGUUAACAGACUUCGGCUUAAGCAAAGAAUCGGUUGAUCAAGAGAAGAAAGCGUAUUCUUUCUGUGGUACUGUAGAGUACAUGGCCCCUGAAGUCGUGAACCGGCGGGGCCACAACCAAAGUGCUGAUUGGUGGUCAUUCGGUGUUCUAAUGUUUGAAAUGCUCACUGGUACGCUACCUUUUCAAGGUAAAGACCGAAAUGAAACUAUGAAUAUGAUACUCAAAGCAAAACUUGGAAUGCCACAAUUCCUUAGCCCUGAAGCUCAGAGUCUUCUGAGGAUGCUAUUUAAAAGGAAUCCUUCAAACAGGCUAGGGGCUGGUCCUGAUGGGGUAGAAGAAAUAAAGAGGCACCCCUUCUUCGCAACCAUUGACUGGAAUAAACUUUACAGGAGGGAGAUCCAGCCUCCAUUUAAACCUGCUUCUGGACGACCAGAAGACACUUUUUGUUUUGAUCCAGAAUUCACAGCAAAAACUCCCAAAGAUUCUCCAGGAGUUCCACCAAGUGCUAACGCACACCAGCUCUUCAAAGGAUUCAGUUUUGUGGCAACUAGCAUUAUAGAAGAUCACAAAAUCACCCCCCUCAACAACAUUUUGCCGAUAGUACAGCAACUUCAUGGGAGCAGUGCACUCUUCACCGACGCCUACGAACUCAAAGAAGACAUUGGCGUGGGCUCCUACUCAGUGUGCAAGCGUUGUAUCCAUACAGUUUCCAAUAUGGAAUUUGCUGUGAAGAUAAUUGACAAAAGUAAGAGAGAUCCUUCGGAAGAAAUUGAAAUCUUGAUGCGCUAUGGACAGCACCCUAACAUUAUUACUUUAAAAGAUGUGUACGAUGAUGGUAAAUAUAUCUACCUUGUCACAGAAUUGAUGAAGGGAGGUGAGCUUCUGGAUCGUAUUCUCAGACAGAAGUAUUUCUCGGAACGAGAGGCGAGCGCCGUGUUAUAUACUAUCACUAAAACUGUGGACUACCUGCAUUGUCAAGGAGUUGUGCAUCGGGAUCUUAAACCAAGUAAUAUUUUAUAUAUGGACGAUUCUAAUAAUGCUGAUUCUAUCCGGAUUUGUGAUUUUGGCUUUGCAAAGCAACUCCGUGGAGAGAAUGGGCUUCUCUUAACACCUUGUUACACUGCUAAUUUUGUGGCCCCAGAGGUUCUCAUGAGGCAAGGCUACGAUGCUGCUUGUGAUAUUUGGAGCUUGGGUGUUCUCCUUUAUACAAUGCUGGCAGGAUACACACCUUUUGCCAACGGUCCCAAUGAUACCCCUGAAGAAAUCUUGUUACGAAUAGGUAGUGGAAAAUUUUCUUUAAGUGGAGGCAAUUGGGACACCGUGUCAGAUGCUGCCAAGGAUUUGCUAUCUCAUAUGCUACAUGUAGAUCCACAUCAAAGAUAUACCGCAGAGCAAGUUCUGAAACAUUCAUGGAUCGCCUGUAGGGAUCAGUUGCCACAUUACCAGCUAAACAGGCAAGACGCGCCACAUCUAGUGAAGGGGGCCAUGGCUGCCACAUAUUCUGCACUGAAUAACAAGACAUUUCAGCCUGUUUUGGAACCUGUUGCAGCUUCAAGCUUAGCUCAGCGGAGAAGCAUGAAAAAACUAACCUCCACAGACUUAUAGGUCAGCUGGGGUGUUUAGCCCAUGUGGAACAGAGAAGAAGUCCAAGAAGCAGAUCUGUAUUUGCCUGCCCUGUGAAUUAAUAGGCAUAUACAAGUUCCUCCUACACUACUUGAAUUCAGUUGAAGAAAGGAAAACAAAAAGCAAAAAAACCUCUAGCAGUUUAGAGGGUUUAUUGCUGUUCGUAGGUUGAUGUCAGUAGCAUCAGGGUACUUCGCAACAAUCAUGAGGAAUUUCGGUACACAUUCACUUCAGAGAUGUAUUGCAUUAUGUUAAUACUUUUAAAUACUGUAUAGUUUUCACCCGGUUUAUAAAGAUAUGUAUUAGGGGACCAUAGACACUGCUCAAGUUGUAAAUUUAAAUUCAGAAGAAAAAGUCAGUGUUUUCAUAUUUUUGCUAUCUUGGCCCUAUUGUAAAGAAAAAAGAAAAAGAAAAGAAAAAAAACCAUUAAACAUGAUGUGCUCUGGUUUUGUAAAUUGGUCACCUUACCAAUGGACUCCAUUCAUUUAAUUCAUUGGUACAACAAGCCGAGGACCAUUGAAAUGGAUAUCCCAGUGCGAAAUGCAUGAUGGAAGCCCUAAUUUUCUGUUGGUGUCAGACAAUUAUAUAAAAAAAUAAUGUACAGAUAGAAUAAUCCAUGAACAUACACUGAGACGAUAGUGUGUACGCCUUCAUUAGAACUGUAGAUUUGAUCAACCUAGCCGUGUCUUUCUUAAGGCUUUUGAAGAGUGGUGGUUGUUAGGAUAAUAAAUAAUCUGUUGUACUUUAACAUUAUGUAUGACAUCAACAUCAUUGGAGCUUUUCAAGAAGGGGUAAGUAGGUCUCUACUUGAUAUACAUUAGAUACAGCAUAAGGUAUAUAGAACUUACCCUGUAUCUAAAGGCUACGAAUUGAUCUCAACUCCUCGAGUAUUGUGAUCUCAUGUCCUAAGGCUCAGAUUUGUUUCAUCAUCUGUGAAUAUUUGUGUAACACAGUCUGUGCUCAUUUCAUUUAACCAUAGGAGGACUGACACUGUAUUUGCACUGACAUUCUGGAUGCAAGCCUGCCAUAGAGAGACCCUAACACUUCAUUGGUAUUAAGACAAGACAAAUUAAGCUACCUUAGAAAUGCACUGUGCUCUCAAUUGUUCUUCCGUUUAUGAUUUUUGGUUGUCAUUGUGGCUGAAUUUUCUCAUCCUGGGAUAGCAUUUUAUUCAUUCUAAGUUGUAAGAUAGUGAUGUUUUUAAUCACAUACCAUAUUUCACAACAGACUUUAUUUAUUCACACAUUGAAAAGUUCUCUGAUGUCAUUUUUUCUGACAUUUUAUAAAGAUUUUUGAAGAUAAAUGCUUAUAUUAAUGUCUUCUUUUCUUUCCCUUAUACUAUCAACUUUGCUAUCUGCUGGAAAGGUGCAAGCUUUGAAACAUUUCUUGGUCUUUUCUGAUCCAAGCUUUAGGAUGUCUCAGUAGGGAGAAACAUCUGCUCUCAGUCUAGCUUUGUGGACACUAAUAGCCCAUAAAUUCAAUGGAAAGGAGAAAGCCAAUGAUGAUUAGAAUGAUGACUGGGAAAAAUUAGGAAGUUGGUCAAGUUAGCCCAUAUUGGAUAUGGAUUAGUUUGAAACUGGCCUGUUUUCUUAGAAAAUACAAGAUUCCCUCCUCCCCCCAUCCCAAAAAAGAAAGCUGUUCCAAUAUGGAUUCCUGAGUUAUUUUGUUGUAAAAUUAGAUUAAUGCAGUUGAUCAAAAUCCUAAGAAUAAUAGGAUCAGCUUUUUUGAUUGCAAGUUCCUUGAAUAACCAUUAAUGAAUUAGAGAGCUUGUUGCAAGAGAUCUUUUUUCAUAGGGUUCUGAAUAUUAUGCUGAAUAAUAUUUUAUUCUUUUAUUGAUGGCUUCAUUUGGGAUUAAAUAAAACUGCUGAGGCUGAAGUCUGAAAAUAGAAUGUAUUUUUUAAAUUCAUUAAAUGUUCUCAAAUAUGCCAGACAUAAAAUAUAUGAGGAAAAAGACUACCUUUUCCACCCAUUUCAGUAGCAACAAUAAACAUAUAGAUUUAUUUGGCUUAAACUCACCCUUCCUUUAAGGAGCUCAAUAUAUUAUCUAAGUUAUAUGUUUCUUUUUAUGCAUAUAGGAAAUCGGACUUAUCUCAAGUCAGAAUAAAUGCACUUUUAGACCAAUAUCGUCCACUCUGACUGGCAGGAAAUCAACAAAUCUCAGUUUUUUUUUUCAACAACUAACCUUCAGAACCUUUUAACUGAUUGGAACCUAACCCUAAGAUAGGAUAACUAAGACGCGGUUGGUCUUACGUCAUCAAGAAGAAAGUGCUGCUUUGGUGGGAUAUAAACUCAGCACACAAAUCGUUUGACAUUCCAGUCAUCCUGAAUGAGCACUGAACCUUCAAAGUUUUACCAAUUAAUUAAGUUUGAGGGAGAUUGUUAAAUAAUUGAAGAAUCCUGUACUGGAAGAACAGGGUAGUAAAUAGUUUUCUUAGUCAACAGAAAAUUGCUUGGUCAUAUAUAGUACUGUGCCUUAACCAUAAAAAAUAACUGACUUCACGGAUUGGUGAUUUCAGCGUAAACAGUUGUAGAGAGUUGAGUAUAUGGUGGGUUUUUAAAUCAUUUUUCUGGUGUCAUGCUUAUAAUUGUUUUAGGCCAUUUAAAUAGGAAUAAUAAUAGCGUCUGCAGGUAGCAGUCAAAAUGGGCAAGAAAGCAGACACAAUGUCAUGAGACCCUUUUGUCUGUGCAUACAAAGAAGGGUGGGUUUGAAUCAUGACACCUCAUCUGCCAUCCUGCCCAUUUUGGCCCAUUCCCUCCCCUCCAGCAGAUGCCCCUAAGCAUCACGCUCUUAAAGAGCAAAAUAAGGAUCACAUCAGUGUUCACAAACUGGAAAAAUAUAUCCCUUGAGUAGUUUUCAGGCAGCUCAUGUCAUUCCUUAUCGGGAUGGGGGGAAAGAUGGUAGUAGAAUAGAGCAAUAUAAAAUGUUUUCCAUGUGAGGAAAGACAGGUAUUAACCCAUGAAUUUUCACCCUGAUCCAUGCAUGCUUUUGCCAUAAUGCGUGUGAUAGUCUUCGAGGUGACAUCAGGUUCAUUAUUUAUAUCUUUCUUUGCUGCAACAAGUACAUUUAUUCCUUUGGGGUGCCAUGGGCAGGGAGGAGGUAAAGCUUUCUCCUGCACCUCUUUAGUUGUAGUCAGAACAGAAUUGCCAAUUAAGACUGAUGAUCAGACAUCCUUCGCAAUAUAGUGCAUUGCUGUGAGUCAUCAUUCCCAACGUGCAGUUUUCCAGAGUGAUGGGCUUUAAGUCCCACGGUUUCAUUGCUCAUUCUGUUAAGGGGUUAUAGAAAUUGUACUUCCAACAUGCUUGGAGGGCACAGGGUUAAGGAAGCAUGCUCUAUUGUCUCACUGGCUUAUAGUAGGAGAAGAAAUGCUGAGGUGGGAGAUCGUGUUUUAUUGAAUUUCGCUAGGUAUCCGGAUUUCCCUGAUUAGAGAACAGGAUUGAGGGCUGAAGGACAGUAGUGUAAGGGCUGAACCUGGUGAGGUGGCAACCAGUGGUUCUCAGGUUAGAGAGAACCAUUCUAUCACAUAGAUCAGGUGCCUCUCAAGGCCAUCAAGAGAAUGGUGAUGUAUCUAUUCACUGGCAAAGGCAGGAGAAAAAUGCUUGAGUUUAAACCUCAGAGCAUAGACCUUUAUAAAGGCUUUGACUUAUGUGUACUACUGUAGGCAAAUCAUCUCUCUGUAUACGGCUCUAUUCAUAUCUGCAAUAAAGAGACCAAACUUGCCAUGCCAUGUCUGUGAGCCUUCUGCUGAAUAAGCCUCUUCCUGAAUAUGGGGUUGACUAUCUGGAGAGGCAAGAUUUGCUGCCAAGCUCCGGUGUGAAGUCUAAUAACUACUCUCCUUUGAGUAAAACUCUUAAUGUCAGGUGCCUUCUUCAGACUCUUGACAGGUACCCAUAUACAACAUGCAUUCAUAACCCUAUAGAGACAAACUUGAAUGAUCCCCAGUACUCCUGGUUUCCAUACUCUGUAUUGUUAAAGUUGAUUAGGAUCCAUUUGCGAGCCUUGAGCAUGCUCUUGGCUUCACCGUGGCACCCUGGCAACCGCAGGAACAUAUCGACCUUGAGGUGUGCCUACUUGUCAUAUUUUCCUCCAACCGCUACAGAAGACAAUGGGGACAGGGGUGAGCCACUGCAAUUGGCUACAAUUAGAGGUAAAUCAGAGGACUUGGCUUGUGUAUUUUUGUGGCUCCUUUAUGUAUAGCUGCGGGGGAUUCGAUUUUUUUCUCUCUUAAGCAGCCCAAUGCAUUCCAGAUAGCUUAGUCUAAAAGUCCGCUAGCCUAGCUGAUGGCCAGCAUUGAUGGAAGUUGUAUUCCAAUGUCUGGUAAAUACCAGGUUGGGGAAAAUUGCUCUAGGAUUAUGCAUUUUUAUUCCUAGUCGUAUUCUGGUUAUUAAAAGCAUUUCUUCUCUGGAAAUAUUUCUGGAGAAUGCUUCAAAUGGAAUUUGCACUCAGUGCACAAUUGGAGAUUAUGGUGUUCAGUGGAAAAAGAAUGGCAAUGCCACACCAUAGCUUAGUAUUUACAUUUAAUAUUGUAUCUUACUAGAAAGCAAGGAAUUUUCACCUUAGGUGUGGCUUGAAAUGCAAUCAUCUGAAAAAAUAUUAACUGGGUGACAGAUAAGCCAUGAUGGACUAGCCCUUGGCAAGUGUUACGCAAUGCUUGAUGGGUUGGAGAUUGCAAAUCAUGGCCUUCAGGAAGCUGGGAUGAACUCAUGGGAAAGUUGUUUUCAUUAUGAUGAUUUCAAGGGUGGGAAUAUGUUCAGGAAGGUUCUAUAAAAUAAAUCUUCACUUUAACUCUCCCAGUACAAAAAACCCACCCUAAACAGGGUGGCCAAUUUUCUGCACUAAAGUGGCCCAAUUUUGACUGCACAGUUGAGUUAUCUUUGCAUUGUGGGGGCUGAAAAUGGCAUUGCCUCCCUAUUGCUUCUAUUCCUACCUUUAAUUCUGCAAACUAUCUAGAGGGGCUGGGGGGAGAAGGCACAUAUGAUAGGCCCACCCCUAAACUAAACCCAAAUCCUAUCUUCUCCAGCAUUCUGGACUGACAAAGCCUAAACGGAAGCCUAAGAGAAGGCUUAGAUUUGCACUAAGAUUUCCUUAAAGCAGUGUUUCUUAACCUUAGCAACUUUAAGAUACGUGGACUUCAACUUCCAGA